UUAGAUCUGGUGGGAUGUCAGAGACAUCCCGAAGGACCUGGAAGAUUCAUGGAAUGAUUCCGGGGGGUUCGGAGUGCUGAACCCAGACACAGAAACACCUGCAAGAUGGAGCAGAGCCCCAUCGUGGUGAUCCUGCUGUGUGCCCUGUGCAUUCCAGCGGCGCUUCCCUUGGAACCGGCGCCUCCCUCAGAACCAGGGCUGGACCUGAAUCUCCCGCUGGGCACGGAGUCCAUCCCGCUGGGGCUGAAGGCCAUGGUGGUGGUGAACUCCACGCCCUGCAGCGUCACCUGCGGGCUGGGCGUGAAGCAGGAGCAGCUGUGCGAGGUCAGCCCGGCCGGGGAGCACCGCAACUGCUCCCUGGUGCGCUCGCGCUGCCUCAGCGAUUGGAUCUGCGGCCUCCGGCACCUCAGCGUUCCCGAGGGGAAGCCCCUCCAGCUCACCUGCCUCUCCCCGGACGCCGCCAGCCUGGAGGGACCGAACUUUGGCUACACCUGGAAGUUCGCCCAGGGGCUCAUCACCACCAACGACCUCCUGUUCCACCCCUUCCGCAACCCCAGCCGUUCCCUGAGCUUCUCGCCGGCGCUGGAGUCGCAUUCCGGGACCUACCGCUGCGACGUGCAGGUGCUGAGCUCCUUCCAGCUCGUCAAGAGGAUCUACUUCGGCCUCAGGGUGAUCCCCACCAACCUGGUGGAUCUGGACUUCCAGAAAUCCCUGACUUGGGAGCAGCAGCUGGCGGCCAGCGGGGAGGAGGUGCCGGCAAACGCCACGGGCCCCCCGGAGCACAGGGAGGGUUUUUGGGAGAAGCAGUGGUUCUACGAGGUCGUGCUGGGGAUUGGGAGUGGGGUGAUCGUGGGGAUCGUGUUCAGCCUCGGGCUCUGCUGCCUGAGCAGGAUUUGCGGGAGAAGAGCAGCACGGGAAAUGAACGGAGAUUGA